AAGUUAUUUUUGUAAAUACGAUAACUUGCAACUUAUUUAAUAUUACAAUCUUUUCUUUAAAGGAAAUGAGCAGUAUCAUCAUAAUGAAACCACAGAUAUUUAAAGCACAAAAAUAACAUUGUUUCGGUUAAUUAUGUCAUGUUAAAAUUACCCAAUACAAGAGAAUAAAAGUUAUGUAAUUAUGAAAGAAAAAACUUUUACUGCUAAUGGAUGUUAGAGAUAUUACAUACUUUUUUGUUAUUCAUGACCUUGAUAUUUUUCACUUUAUCCAAAUAUAUUGUCCUACUUUGAUAAAUGAGCAUCUGAAAUUCAGCACACGUCAUUUGCGCAUUAUUUUACUGUACAAAGAGGAAAAUAUUACGAAUAAAAGAAAAACACACCCAAAUCACGCCAGCAAAUAUAAAAUAUAGAAAACAAACCAUAGUCUUCCUCUUUAUGUCUGUAUUGUGAUUCGAUAAACGGGAAAAUAAUAUCUGUGUUACCAAAUUAAAUAUCUAGUUACAGUUCUACAUUAGUUAGAUUUAAUUGAGAUACUUUCAAAUGAAAAUGCGUAGUCUCACCGUUUUCUUCUCAUUGUUGUUUUUCGUUACUUCAUCAUGGGGAAAAGACAAAUGUGAGACACAGUUACAUGUGAUAUGUCCAGACCCAGGUGAUUUAUUUUACAAUUUUCCAGAAAACGCUGAUCAGCUCUCAACUAGAUGUUCUGAGCAAAUAGUGUACUUGGAGUGUCUGACUGAUUACCAAGAAAACUGUGGAACAAAUUUCCCGGAAUCGGAUUUCCUUCCUGCAGUUCUCAAAACUUUAAAUAAAUUUUGUAAUAAGGGAACAGUUUUAUUCAAUGCUGUUGCAGAUAAUGGAAAAUGUGUCGGGAAAUUUUACAAAACGAUUACGGAAGAUCGCCUCAAUAAGUGUUUACAAAAAAUAGAGGAUGAAAAUCGUGAAAAAUAUGAAGAAAUUGUUUAUUUUUCAAAUGAUUUGAAAGAUGAAGAAAGAGAAUAUUGCUUUUUGGACAUCAUGCAAACGAGUUGUCUGGCUGAUGCAAUAAGUGUUGAUUGUGGAAAAACUGCAAAAGAACUAUUUCUGCAUAUAUUACAAGAUAUAGGAAUGAAUAAUUUAGUCUGUGAGAAUCAUCAAGACGAUGCAAAAAAUUUCACGAAGGAAUUGAGCCUAAAUUUGAAGCCUGAAAAUUCAAUGGAGGAUUUCAUAGCCCUCCUGGAGAAUGAAACAGAAUUUGUCUGAACUAAGAAUAAAAUUUAUUCCUACAUUUAGAAAUACAAUGUUAUCUAAUGUAAAGUAAUUGUAUUCAAAUUUGUCAUGUAAAUAAAUAUAUAUAUUCAGAAAUA